GAAGGGGUGGAUAUGUGGGCAGUCCCAUGUAUUUGGAUGAUUUACACUCUGAGAAUUUUGAAGAUGUACAUUGCAAACCCAAAGAAAAUCGACACUUGCGCCAUCAGUCUUACAGAGAUAAAGCUGAUGAUGGAAGCUGGAAACACUCCAUAUCACCAAGAAUUGAUGUUUUUUGCCCAAGAACAACAGACGAAAGAUAUUGGAGACAUGUGAGAAAAAUAGAUGUUGAAGAAGCCAAUGAGAUUGAUUGGUUUGAUGAUCACUAUGAUGGUUAUGAAAUUGAAGAUAACGUGUAUGCUAAUGAUCAUUUAAGGUGGAGAAGAUCGAACUGGGGUUCUGAAGUUAUGCACUGGACUGAAGAUCAGUUUACUGUCAGACAUCAUGCUGACAAAUUGUAUUCUGAGAAAGCAUCCUGUUCUUAUCGAAAAUAUGUGCGGCAUGAAAAAUUUCAUGCUAAAUAUGGUCCUUUAAGUGAUGGAAUGCGUUAUGAUAAUAUGCAGCCAGAGCAGCGUAGAUUGAAAAUGCCCAGAAAAGAAAUUGGUGCUAACUUUGUUAAUAGAAGCGUUAAGAUGUAUAGAGGUAAGCAUGAGCAGUCAGUGAGGUGCAGGAAUUCGAUGGACUUGGCUGUUAGGGAACGAAAGAUCCUUACAAGAUGCUCUAAAGCCAGAAAUUUGAUGCACAAUGGCAGGCCAGAAAAUAUGGGUGCAGAGAUUGGUGGAGAGUGGAUGACUUCAGGGAUUUCGCAAGCUUGUGAAUCUGAGAAGGCGAGGGCAGUCAAAAUCACCCAAAAUAUUAUAUGGAACCAAAACAACAAGAAAGGGCAUGAUAUUUUUCCAGUUACGGCUCAAAAUGCUGAUUUGGAUAUAGAGGAGGGCCAGAUUGUAACACAAGAACAGAAUACCACACAUCCUUUGCAGAGAAAACAUGCUUCUGAUUAUACAGAACCAGCCGACAGCUUGAUAAAGGGAGUGUUUGAUAGUCGUAAUGCCUCUAAAGGGAAUAAAGUUGUAGAAGGAUAUGACAAGCAAAGGAUUCUGCAAACAAUGGCAAAAAUGGAGCAACGUGGGGAGCGCUUUAAGGAGCCAAUCACCUUGAAAAAGGAGCCAGACAAGCAGUUGAUGCCUGAGGUUGAUCCCACGGUUGAAACAGCUGAUGAAAAGCAACACAGGCCAGCUCGAAAGAGGCAGUGGGGUGGUAGGUUCUCAAAGAAUGACUCUCUAACGUUGGGGAUUCCAUUGAAAGCUAGGUUCUGAAAAGCAUCUUUUGACCUGUUCAUUGGAAACUGUCAGCUGACUUGCUGAGAUCAAUAAAGUUAAUUCCAAGUAUGUACUGCCAAUUGAGGCAGGCUGCUAUGUAUAAAUGCCAUAUAUAUUUUUCUUUUGUGGUGUCGGGGCUGAAACUUUCCCAGCCUCAGCCUGAAAGUUCCUCAGCGUCAUUCUCCUAGUUGAAGCAGGUAAACAAAUUACAGCAUAGCUCAGCAUUUCAGAUAAAGGAAUCCGGUUACAGUUUCAUUCUUUUUGUCAGAGAAAUUGGAGAGACAUUUGUUGUUCAAUACUUGGUAUUUGGAGGUCGAAAUUUCUCCAAUCCAAAAUUCAGUUUUGAUAAUCUGUACAUUAAUCUUUGCUGG